UUCUCGACCAGUGAGACUCUCCUUCAAGGAUGACUUCCCACACUUUGACGACCCACGUGAAGUCUGCUGCGUGGGCCCAGAAUGAAGUAAUGAAUAUGAAUCAACAAGAUCUUGAGGCACCAGGAUCUCUCCUGAGCAAAAGCCAUCCAGUAUGGCUGAUCUUCAAGAACAUGACUGAUUUUCCAUUGUCGAAGACUGGAGAACACUUUUACAGUGGCGAUUGGUUCGGUAAUGCUGUCUUUGAUGCCGCGCCAUGGUCUAUAUCUGGUAUUGCAGCUGCAGAUAAGAAAGGAGGAUGCACUGGUGGAGCAUCUUUCAAGCUGCUUCUCGGGGACGACCUGAACUUCGAUUUCAGUAUCGGAUUCACAGAUCCUCUCAAAGGUAGCAACAAGAUGUGUUGCAUUGCGGGCAGGAAUGCCGAGGCUGCGUACAAUAGGGCGAACGAAUACGAUACAGACAACGCAGUCAAAUCGCCUGAUAAUUACAUUGCGACGACGACCACGGGAAAGACUUCGCGGUUCCAAUUCCAGGUCAGUGUGUCACGUCCUGGCUCUCCCAAGGGGGAAAAAGACUCGUGCAAGAUUUAUAUUAUGGUGCAGCGAAUUCCGUAUUGAGCACAAUGAAGCAUUGUUUUCAACCAUCGACAGCUGAGAGGGGGGUCACUUGGCGAACUGCAGUACUCACAGGGCCAGCUCCUUAGAUCAACUUAUGAUUUGGUGGGACAAUUAGUUGAAAUCUGUAAGCUGUUCACGAUUUGCCGUUCAUGUGAGCAGGUGUAAUACGUGCGGACCUAUGACGUGCCGCCUUGCCGUG